AUGUGGAGCUUUGCAAUGGUUUGCGUGAAUUUGUAUCAAGUGCCAGAGGGUCAUGUUCCUUCAUUCAAGGACUUCAAGAUCAUGGAAGGUUCUUUUCUUUCUUCAAUUGCUGCUAUCUUUGCUUCAUUGGUUCCUCGUAAAUUGCUUGUGGGUUUCUUGAAUAAGCUGGCCAACAUUGUGAGACGGAGAGGAUGUACAAUUAUCGGAUAUCUUCUUUCAAAUUCAACGGAAUCGGACACUGAUGAGACGCCUAACAUGGAGAAGAAUUUAGUCGAAGGACUAGAUGCAAUCAGUCAUAGUGCUGGUAGAGCAAAAGAUCUCAACUCCGAUGAUAAUACUUCCAUGGCUGUUGAAACUUCAGCUAAUUUAUACUUGGAGGAAAUGGUCAAAUAUGAUUCAAGUCUUGUUUAUGAAAAUUAUGGUUGCAUGUCAACCUAUUCAUCAUUGGAGGAAAAGGUGGCAGAAUUCAUUCGAAAUGGAAAAUCGGAUGCCAUCGAAGGUAAUGUCUAUGGUUUGUCACAUGGAAGUGGUAGUGGAGAAAGCAAGGGAAUUAGAGAACCAGAAAAUAUGACUGAAUUUCAUUCGAAGAUCUUAACUGAUGGGAACUUUGAAAAUGCAUUUGGUGAGAGUGAUACUGCUUCAAUAUUAAAUGGAAGUUUGUCGACAUUGAUGCAAGUUGUGCCUUCUUUGACAGUAAGCCACACCGUUAGGAAUGAAUCGCCAGAUGAAAGUCUAGCCAGUGCUGAUAUCACUUGCAUAAAUCAUGUGGAACUUAUCAACUGUACAAGUCAUAAUAAGAUAAAAUUCAUUGUUGAUGGCCAUUGGAGGUUUGAUCCUCAGAUGGAAUCACUCACUAAGGGUGGAAUUUUCAGCAACAUUCUCCGACGUAGCAUUAGUCCUAGAGCACAUUUGGAAUGGAGGUUCCCUCCUCUGCUUGUAUUUUCAGCUCGCAGGGGCAUUUUUCCUUUUUUUCGUAUUUUUGUGAAUGGAGUAGUUGCAUGUUUGUGCGACUCAAAAAUCCAAAGGAGAGCCCAUGGCGACCACGAGCAAAGGGUCCUUCAAUGCAAAGUCGUGUCUAAAGCCCCACCUUUCUUGCCAAUCGCCACUUUCACUCCUCUUUUAUCCUUUCCCACCUCUCUCCACCCUCUUCACCUCAGUUCUCCUGCUCUCUUCCUCCCACCAAGAACAUCCUCCACUAGUGUCAAAAGACACUCUCGUGUUGCUCUCAACUCUCACUCUCUUCACAAAAAUGCGUUGAUACUUAAUGCUUCCUUCUCCUCUCUUCUUCUCAAGAAUUCUUCUCCUCUUCUCCCUUCCUCUUCAUUUCCCAAUACCUCUGCACCUUUCUUUAGGGUCCCAACUCAUGACCCUUCACAAUACACGUUGUCUGGUUCUACAAGAAAAAUAAGAUGCUUUUAUUCGUGUUUUGAAAAGAAGAGGGAGUUCAUUGAAGCUGUUGAUGAGAGUGAAGAAGUAGAACUUAUGGACAAGCCAAAAAUGACCCUUUUGUACUCUUUCAUUCCCCUGCCUCUGCUAUUUACAGCUGCUCUCCCUGGAGCUGCGACUGUAAGGUCUCUUUUUGGGCCUUUCGUUGAGCUUGUCAAGCAAUUGAAUCUUCCUGACUGGCUCGUGCAUUGGGGUCAUCCUGGAAACAUGGCUGUUGUGCUCUUCGCCAUGGGUGGUUAUGGAACAUAUCUUGGAUUUCGAAUCCGGUUUUCUGAUGAUGUGGAGGAGAAGGCCAAGGCCAAAGACUUGCAUCCAAAGCUUCUUGGUGGGAUGUUUUUCUUUUUCGCUCUUGGAGCAACUGGUGGAAUAACAUCUUUACUGACUUCAGACAAAACUAUUUUUGAGAGUCCUCAUGCUGUUACAGGUGUUAUUGGCCUUGCUCUCUUGACCAUACAAACCAUUUUACCAGCACUAUUUGAGGGGAAUCCUGGAUUGCGAAAUAUUCAUGGAAUCUUGGGCAGUGGGAUAAUGACCCUCUUUCUCUUCCACGCUGUCCUUGGACUUCAACUUGGUCUCAGUUACUAAUCCAUGCAUGGAUCCGUAGGACCUUUCGGCUAUUCAUUUUCCCUUGUUGUGUGUUCUUUCCGGUUCUGGGAACCAUGCCUCUCCAAUACAAACAAGCAAUUGAAAAAUCAUAGUGUGACAUUUGGUAGUAGAAAAUCUCGUUAAUAAUUUACAAUUUUCAUGGAGUUUCCAAGUA